CAGCGCCGUUAGCCGCGUAGACGACGUCGCCCUUUGACCAGGCGUCAAUCUGGACGAAGCCAAACGCUGGCCGAUCUGGAAGAAAUCCACCGAUCCCGGCCAGGCCCGCCACCGCGCACGCUAGGCCGCAGGACGCCGCCGCCCGAUGAGGUCCGAUCCCCAUAGCCCGCCACCGUCCGCCGAGACCCACUCCGUACGCCCACGCACGGAUCGGGUCACCACCGGCCUCCACCAAGUGCUGCCGUCCGCAGACCAGGGGUUGCCGCGAGAGAGAUCCCCGCCGCCGCCGUCAGCCGCGCGGGCUUCGCCCGGCGGCUUCCUCCGGCGGCUGCGUGGGGGUGGGGGAGGAGAAGAACUGGCGGCGGUGGUUUGGUUGCGGGAGGAGGAACCCUCGGGGUCGCCGUGGGCACGAGCGACCGAGGGCGUUGCAUCUCGACCCUUGUUAGAAGAUUGUUCUCUCCUUCACGAUUCAUGAAUGGCGCAGCUCGCUAGCGCCGGAGCUCGGUUUACAACGGCGGGCUGAAGCUUCCGAAGAAAGUCCACAGCCGACUGUGUAAGAGGAUUUGCGUGGGAAUUGGGUCGGGCGUCGGAGAACAAGAUGGCCGUCAUCCUUCCAGAUUUCCAGGGGUGUGUGUGAGGACGUUUUCUGCUAUGACUGCAGCAGUGACUGAAUUGGUAAGAUGCUUGUGCAUAGGUAAGGCAUGCUCCUGCACAUUAGAAUGGGUUCAAUUGUUAUCAGUGUGCCAUGCAAAUUGCAUUUAAACACAUAACGAGUUAGCAACACCCACACAUUCAGCUAGUAUGCACUGAAGAAGAAACUUCACUUCAAAAAAAGAAGAAGAAAAAAAAACUUCCCCCAUCUUUUCCUCCAUAUCAAGUGCAAGAGCUUUCGUGAUCGUACUCAAGUCCACAAAGUGUUUGGAGCAUAAUAUUAUAUGUGCCCAAGGUUAGUGCUUGAUGGUGCUCCCAUACCUAACUUGACCAUGGACUAAAACUUUGUUUACUAAGCAAGUGCAAGCGUAUAGUGUUUGGACAGCCAAUUAUAAAAACCACCGAAAUCGUAUGUGGGCGAUUACUGAACGACAAGGGAUCCAGCGCUAGCGGCAGCUGCUGGGCUGUGCUAGAGAUUCCUCGGCCGGAUUUAUUCGUCAUGCACGAGUCAUCGUCAUCCCUAUAGCACUGCUCAAAAACCACAAGGGGCAGAACAAUAAUCAGGCAUCUUGCUCUCAAAUCAACUGUACCUGAAUUGUAAUUCGAGGACGCCUGCCGCUCCGACUGAAUUGGCACUCCAGAAUGGUUUCAUUUGUUAUUAGGGGCUGCGUAAAUUACGUUAAAUGCACAAUUAGCUAGCGACACUCAGGCGUUCAGCUAGUAUAUAUGUCCGGCUAAAACCUAGAAGAUGCUUGCACCGAAGAAGAAGCGUUCACAUUGGCAACUUUCCUUUUCAUGGCCUGCAACGCAGAGCUGGUAGCUGACAGAUUUGUGGUCAAGAACAAUAUCUUUUGCAGUCAAGCCCACACAUUGAUGAUGCACCAACGACCCAUCAUUUGUCAUUAGUGUCAUGUCUAUGGCUAUCCGCCAAAUUGGAUUUGAACAAAAUGUCCCUCAAUACGUCAACAAUGCCAUUAUUUAAAUUUCCGCUGCUCAAGCAUACCUACCUUGACCAUACCCAAAUUUUCUUUGCUAAGCAAGUGUAGACCAUUCGGACAGCCAACUAUAAACACCACAAGGAGCAGAACAAUAAGCAAGCAUCAUUCUCCCAAGCCAACACUAUAGAGCACACAGGAUAAGGUAGAGGCUUUUUUCUUUGAAAUGGGCUGCUACUUGUCAUGGGGAUGCGUGUUCUUGGUCGUGUGUGUUGUGCACUCCAUGUUUCUGAGUUCUUCAGGCUGUUUCAUGGAGGAAAGGGCGGCCCUCAUGGAGAUUAGCUCUUGGUUCAUGAGCGCAAAGUCCGAGGUUCCCAGUUCGUGGGGACACGGUGAUGACUGUUGCUCGUGGGAAAGGAUCACGUGCGACAAUAGCACGCGGCGAAUAUUGCGUCUCGACCUUCACUAUAUCUACCAGUCAAUCCCUAUCCAUAAUAGUGAUGGCUCUACAUCAAUUGGACCUAUGGAAGCUGCAUGCUGGAACUUGAACUUGGCAAUCUUUUCUUCGUUUCGAGAGCUUCAGCUGUUGGAUUUCUCUCGAAAUUUCGCUUGUUUACAAAAUUUCGACGGUCUCCAAGGAUUGAGUAAGCUCAAGUAUCUCAACCUCAGUGAUAACACUUUCAUAGGGAGUAUCCCAGGAUCAGUCAGUAAAUUAGUUUCACUGGAGGUCAUAAAUCUCAGCAAAAAUAACAUGAGUGGGGCGCUAGAGAAUACAGGUUUAAAAAAUCUCCUGAAUCUGCGAGGAUUGCAUUUUGGAUCCAAUCAAUUGAGUGGUAGCCUCCCAGCAUCCAUAUUUGCACUUUCAUGCCUUGAGUACCUGGAUCUUUCAGAAAACCUCUUUCAAGGAUAUAUACCUAUAAACUCUUCUUGGAAGUGUCCUUCGUCGCUUCAAACUAUCAGGUUAUCUGAAAAUAUGCUAAGCGGUAAAUUCGAUUUCUUCUGGCUGAGAAACUGUACCAACCUCAAACACAUAGAUCUCUCCAGGAAUACUGAUUUGGUUAUUCAAACGAAACUGCAUGGUUGGGUACCCAAAUUUGAAUUGAAAGCACUAAUUCUCUCUUGGUGUAACCUUGAUAAAAGCAUGCUUACAGAGCCACAUUUCCUACGCACACAGCAUCAUCUCGAAUUUCUUGAUUUGUCCAACAAUGAUUUGCCAGGAAGCAUGCCCAAUUUUCUGUUCACAAAUGAAGCGACACUAGUUUACCUAGAUCUUUCAAAUAACUCAUUAGUUGGAUCACUAUACCCUAUUUGGCAAAACCAAACUGAUCUUCUAGUAGUGAACAUAUCUCUGAACCGUAUUGAAGGACAGCUGCCGGCCAAUAUCAGUUCAAUGUUUCCCAAUCUGUGGAUUCUCGAUGUUUCUCAUAAUAAUAUGUCUGGAGUUGUGCCAUCUUCGUUGUGCACCAUCGGCAGGAUUGAAAUCAUGGACCUAUCAAAUAACAACUUUGUAGGACAGGUACCAUCUUGCUUGUUCACGAACUGUUCUGCAUUGAAUAUAUUGAAGCUCUCAAACAAUAAUCUCGGGGGCAUGAUACUUGACGGGGCUAGUAACUUGUCAUUUGUGUUGGAAAUAUACCUAGACAACAACAAAUUUGAAGGGACUCUUCCUAGAAAUCUGUCUGGUAAUGUCCGAGUCAUGGAUCUACAUGGUAACAAGAUGUCCGGAGAACUAGACAUUUCAUUAUGGAAUCUUCCUUUAUUGGAAGCUUUGAGCCUUGCUAGAAAUAGUUUAAGUGGUUACAUUCAUCCCGAAAUUUGUAAAUUAACAAAUCUCCGACUGCUAGAUCUAUCUGAAAACUAUUUUUUCGGGCUUAUACCACACUGCAGCAGUACAUUACCACUCCGAUUUCUGAGUAUAUCUGGGAAUUCACUGUCAGGCACCCCGGAUGCAUUUUUCAACAGCUCCUUCAUUACAGCUUUGGAUCUCAGCCGUAAUCAGUUCACAGGCAACCUUGAGUGGGCACGAUAUCUUUCUGAAAUCAAUCUACUUUUGUUAGGCAGAAAUGAGUUUGAGGGACAGAUCUCUUCAAAUAUAUGUUGUCUCCAACACUUGAGUAUAAUUGACAUCUCUCACAACAGACUCUCAGGUUCUGUACCACCGUGUCUUGGUGGCAUUCCAUUUGAAGACCCCGAAGCUUAUGAAUACUUUUGGCCGACAACCAGUGGUAAUGUAUUUGGAGGUUGGUUUGGUGCGUUUGAAGAUUUGGGCUUCUCAUAUAACAGCCAUUAUGUCCUCGGAGGUUUCACCUUCACAACUAAAGGGAUUCCAUACACAUAUGGACGUAACUUCUUCAUGUCGAUGUCUGGCAUUGACUUAUCAGCAAACAUGUUGUCAGGUGAAAUUCCAUGGGAGAUAGGGAAUUUAAGCCAUAUCAAGUCUCUCAAUCUGUCAAAUAAUUUAUUGACUGGACCAAUUCCUGCAAGCUUUGCAAAUAUGAGUGAGAUCGAAAGUUUAGAUCUAUCAGGAAACAGGUUGAAUGGAUUGAUACCAUGGCAGUUAACUCGGCUAUCAUCACUAGGUAUGUUCUCUGUGGCGUACAACAACUUAUCGGGAUGUCUACCAGCCACCGGUCAGUUGAGCACAUUUGAUAUUGACAGCUACAGAGGGAACAAAAACCUUAGAUCAUGCAAUUCUAGUUCAGGCCCCGUGGCAUGGAAGGACAUGGCAGGAAAUGCGCCAGAUGAUUCGGACCCAAUACUGUACAUAAUAAGUGCCAUCUCGUUCGUGUUGGCAUUUUGGUUCACUGUCACAUUUGUAUUUUGUCAUUCCUUCGGACAGCGUGUUGUACUCAAACUGUAAUAGGCACACAGAGAAGGUAUUGAUGAAAGAUGAUGAUGUGUAAACAACACAGGCUUCAAGAAAUGCUUUCCGAUUAUCGACUA